CCGUAAAAGGAUCUACUUUCAAGCAAAGAAAGGUUGACAAGUCCUCAAAGAUUUCAAAAUGGAAAUUCCUCUUCGAGUCUUUUUAAUCAGACUUCUCCUGAUUAUCGAAGCUUUUUCAUUGAUUAAAGGAGAGAAAUGCUGGGCACCGAUGCUGUGUAACAAUAUUCCUGUGUGGGAAGUGUUCCGGGAAUGCGAAAUGACUGAAGAAUUCAGAAACAGAAAAAAAGCUUUGGAAGAGAAAAUCAUCCAGUUGGCCAGCAUGAUAACCCUCAUGAACGGAAAACUGAAAACCCCUACAGCAACGACCACAAAAAACAACGCAAUACACACCCUUGCCACAGAUGUAAAAGAAACGACCAAACCACAAGAAAUCGACAGCGUGAAGACUUCUUCAGUCAUCGCUCUGGUUACACCUGCAAAGUCUCUUUGGACAACUGGCGAAGCGUUCUUUUCUACUUUGAACAGCGUAAAUACUUCAACAGUCCCCGCUUCGACUAGUGCUUCACGUCUGUCUUUGACAUCUCCCGAAAAUACUGUGAAUCCACAAACUACAUCUGAGCCAUUCGUCCAAACAAUUCCGUCUGGAUUUACUGACCAAGGACUUUGUGACGGUUUAUUGUAUCUCGGGAAAUGUUAUCGAGCUUCGUUACACACAGCACAAGAUGUCAACUACAACGAAGCUGUUGUAAUGUGCACAAACAUGUCGGCAAAACCAGCAGACAUAAUCGAUUCUCAACAUUAUGAUAUGGUCGUCAAGUAUAUUCAAACAAUAAUGUCUUCAUCAUACGAAGAUGUCUGGUUGGCUAUGACAUUCGACCACUGGUUGAAUAUAGUUUUGCGAUCGGACGGCACCGCUGCUCAAUACGUUAUUUACACUCCAGGGGCACCAUAUUCACAUCCAACCUACACCCAACUGGCGAUCACUGUACGAAAUCUGUUAGGUAGUAGCCAUGGAAUGUUCAACGCUCCACGUUCGUCUUUCAAAUAUGGAGUCCUGUGUCAGAAGGAAUGAUUUCCAUCAAAUUAAAAUUCUUAUUAAACUCGGUUAUGGACAUAUUAUAUGUAUAUCAACCGGCUGGUCAUCCGACAAAAAAAAAACAGUUCAAUGCAUAAUUGAUGUCAUGUUUACCAAAUCGAAUUUCAGCCAUUGUCUACUCAUAAAAAACAAUAAUUUGGAAUAUCAAAUAAUUGCAGUGCUAAAUCCCAUAAUGAAAUGGAAAAAACCUCCUGCAUAUAAAUAUUUCAUUUUCAUCGGAAAUUUACAAUAUGAGAGGUGUUUGGGUCACUAACCUGCGAAACCUACAUAACCAGAUCCAUCGUUGCAACCACUAGUCCAGUGGUUCCCAAUCUCUCAUGGCUCGUGUCCCUCUUCAGUAGGUUUUUAGCGCCCAUGGACCCAUGUUUAUCAUUCCAGUGGUAUUUAUAGUUCUAUUUAGAAUGGUGUAUUCAAAAUCACAUUUUUUUCAAAUAACAAGUAAAAACACCAUGUGAAAUAUCUUAUUCAGCAAUGAAACUAGAAAGAACAGAGGUUUUUUUUUGUAAAGUGAAAAGUAAAAUCAGUUUUGUGCCGAAUGAUGUGACCCCACUCCAACUAUUCUGGGGCCCUAUUGGCCCCCGAUGGGACCCGCUGAACUAGGCUAUUGUGCCCGAAUCUUGAAAUUUCAAUAUGAACUCUCAAUAUUAAAUUUUUAUAAAUUCUACAAUUAAGGGAAAUUGAUUUUUAAUUUUUUCUGAUAUUCAUGUAAAUUGCCUAUAUCUGUGCAUCUAGUUUUUCUCAAGGUAAAUGACUGGCAAUUUAACG